UCCUGAGGCAGAGUCCAGCUCAGCCAUUUCAACAACUAUAUCACCUGGCAUACCAGGUAUGCUGACUUCACUGGUCACUAGCUCUGGGACAGACACCAGUGCAACUUUUCCAACAGUGUCUGAGUUCCCACAUGAAUCAGAGGCAACAGCCUCAUGGGUUACUCAUCCUGCAGUCACCAGCACAACAGUUCCCAGAACAACCUCUAAUUUUUCUCACAGUGAACCAGACACCACACCCUCAAGAGCCACCAGUCCUGGGGCAGAAGCCAGUUCAGCUUUUCCAACAAUAACUGUCUCACCUAAUGUACCAGAUAUGGUGACCUCACAGGUCGCUAGUUCUGGGACAGACACCAGUAUAACUAUUCCAACUGUGACACUUUCUCCUGGUGAACCAGAGACCACAACUUCUUUUAUCACCUAUUCUGAGACACACAUGAGUUCAGCCAUCCCAGCUCUAACUGUCUCCCCUAGUGCAUCAAAGAUGCUGACCUCACUGAUCACUAGUUCUAACACAGAGGCCAGUACAAUUUUUCCAACUCGAACUGAUUACCCACAUGAAUCAGAGACAACAGCCUCAUGGCUCAUCCAUUCUUGGACAGAAGCCAGUUCAGCUUCCCCAGCUAUGACUGUUUCUCUGGGUAAGUCAGAUACAGCAAACUGGCGGGUCACUCAUUCUGCAGAGACUAGCACACCUGUUUCCAGAAUAACCCCCAGUUUUCCCCCUAGUGAAUCAGACACGACAGUUUUCAUGGUCACCAGUUCUGAUGCAGAAGUCAGUUCAGCCAUUCCAACAACAACUCUCUCACCUGGUGCAUCAGAUACACUGACCUCACUGGUCACUAGUUCUGGGACAGACAGCACUACAACGUUCCCAGUGCUGAUCGAGACCCCAUAUGAACCAGAGACAACAGCUACACAGCUCAUUCCUCCUGCAGAGACCAACACAAUGGUUCCCAGGACAACUCCCAGGUUUUCCCAUAGGGAGUCAGACACCACACUCCCAGUUGCCACCACCAGUCCUGGGCCAGAAGCCAGUUCAGCUGUUUCAACCACAACUGUCUCACCUGGUAUGUCAGAUCUGGUGACCUCACUGAUCCCUAGUUCUGGGACAGACACCAGUACAAUUUUCCCAACAUUGACUGAGACCCCAUAUGCACCAGAGGCUACAGCCACAUGGUUCACUCAUUCUGCAGAGACCAGCACAACGGUUCCUAGGACAACUGCCAACUUUUCCCAUAGUGGAUCAGACACUAAGCCCUCAAUGGCCACCAGUCCUAGAGCAGAAGCCAGAUCAGUUUUUCCAACUACAACCAUCUCACCAGGGGUAGUGACCUCACAGGUCACAAGUUCUACAACAGCCACUAGUGCAGCUAUUCCAAUGUUGACUCCUUCUCUUGGUGAACCAGAGACCACAGCCUCACUGAUUACCCAUCCUGGGGCACAGACUGGCUCCACUGUUCCAACUCUGACUGUUUCCUCUAGUGAGCCAGAUACAACAGCUUCCUGGGUCACUCAUCCUGCACAGACCAGCACACCUAUUUCCAGAACAACCACUAGUUUUUCCUACAGUAGACCAGAUGCCACACUUUUAAUGGCCACCAGUCCUGGGACAGAAGCCAGUUCAGCUGUGCUGACAACAAUGGUCUCACCUGGUGUACCAGAGAUGGUGACUUCACCAAUCACUAGUUCUGGGGCUGCAACCAGUACAACUAUUCCAACUUUGACUCAUUCUCCUGGUAUGCCAGAGACCACUGCCUUAUUGAUCACCCAUCCCGGCACAGAGACAAACACAUUUCCUGUUUCAACUGUGUUUCCUCAAGUAUCAGAGACCACGGCCUCACUAUCCAUUAGACCUGGUGCAGAGCCUAGUACAGCUCUUCCAUCUCAGCCUAGUUCAGCCCUUCCAACUCAGACAGCAUCUUCUCUCUUCACCCUACUUGGAACUGGAACCAGCAAAGUUGAUCUGAAUCCAUCUGCUUCACCUGGUGUUUCUGCAAAAACAGCCUCACUUUCCACCCAUCCUGGGACAGAAACCAGCAGCACAAUUCUGACUUCGACUCUGUCCCUUGGUUUAUUAGAGACUACAGGCUUGUUGAGCACCAGCUCUUCAGCAGAGACCAACACAGGUACUCUCACUCUGAGCAUUUCCCCUGCUGUCUCUGGGCUUCCCAGUGCCUCUAUAACAACUGGUAAGCCCCAAACUGUGACCUCCAGGCACACAGGAACCUCGCCAUCUGUAGCUUCACUUGGACCCCCAGAAUUUUCCAGGACUGUCACAGAUACCACUAUGACCUUGAUACCAUCAGAAACACCAACAUCACCUAAAACCAGUCAUGGAGAAGGAGUGAGUCCAACCAGUAUCUUGAGAACUACAACAGUUGAGACCACUAAUUUAGCUGCCACAGGUUCCAGUUCCACUGUGGUCAAGACCACGACCACCUUCAAUACACUGACUGGAAGCUCCUUUGCUCCUCUGACCACACCUGGGAUCUCCACCUUGGCCUCUGAGAGUGUGACCUCAAGAACAGCUGACAUGCCUUUGUUGAUGCUUUUCACCAUCAACUUCACCAUUACCAACCUGCAGUACACGAAGGACAUGGUGCACCCGGGCUCUGAAAUAUUCAAUGCCACUGAGAAGAUCCUGCAGCAGCUGCUCAAGCCCUUGUUCCAGAACAGCAGUACUGGUUCUCUCUAUGCUGGCUGCAGGCUGACCUCGCUCAGGCCAGAGAAGGAUGGAUCAGCCACGGCAGUGGACGCCAUCUGCACACAUCGCCCUGACCCUGCAGGGCUCAGACUGGACAGAGAGCGACUAUACUGGGAGCUGAGCAAGCUGACCAACGGCAUCCACAAGCUGGGCCCCUACACCCUGAACAGGAACAGCCUCUAUGUCAAUGGUUUCACCCAUCGGAGCUCUGAGUCCACCACCAGCACUCCUGGGACCUCCAUAGUGGAUGUGGGAACCUCAGUGACUUCACCCUCCAUCUCCAGCCCCACGACUGCUGUUCCUCUCCUGGUGCCGUUCACCCUCAACUUCACCAUCACCAACCUGCAGUAUGAGGAGGACAUGCAUCGCCCUGGCUCCAGAAAGUUUAACACCACAGAGAGGGUCCUGCAGGGUCUGCUCAGGCCCCUGUUCAAGAACACCAGUGUUGGCCCUCUGUACUCUGGCUGCAGACUGAUCUUGCUCAGGCCCGAGAAGGAUGGGGCAGCCACUGGAGUCGAUGCCAUCUGCACCCACCACCUUGACCCCAAAAGCCCUGGACUCAACAGGGAGCACCUGUACUGGGAGCUAAGCAAGCUGACCAAUGGCAUCAAAGAGCUGGGCCCCUACACCCUGGACAGGAACAGUCUCUAUGUCAAUGGUUUCACCCAUCGGAGCUCUGUGCCCACCACCAGCACUCCUGGGGCCUCCACAGUGGAUCUUGGAACCUCAGGGACUCCAGCUUCCCUCUCCAGUUCCACAACUGCUGGCCCUCUCCUGGUGCCAUUCACCCUCAACUUCACCAUCACCAACCUGCAGUAUGAGGAGGACAUGCAUCGCCCUGGCUCCAGGAAGUUCAACACCAUGGAAAGGGUCCUGCAGGGUCUGCUUGGUCCUAUAUUCAAGAACACCAGUGUCAGCCCUCUGUACUCUGGCUGCAGACUGACCUCUCUCAGGUCUGAGAAGCAUGGGGCAGCCACUGGAGUGGAUGCCAUCUGCACUCACCAUCUUGACCCUAAAAGCCCUGGACUCAACAGAGAGCAGCUGUACUGGGAGCUGAGCCAGCUGACCAAUGGCAUCAAAGAGCUGGGCCCCUACACCCUGGACAGGAACAGUCUCUAUGUCAAUGGUUUCACCCCUCAGAGCUCUGUGCCCACCACCAGCACUCUUGGGACCUCCACAGUGGACCUUGGAACUGCAGGGACUCCAUCUUCCCUUCCCAGCCCCACAACUGCUGUCCCUCUCCUGGUGCCAUUCACCCUCAACUUCACCAUCACCAACCUGCAGUACGAGGAGAACAUGCAUCAACCUGGCUCCAGGAAGUUUAACACCACAGAAAGGGUCCUGCAGGGUCUGCUUGGUCCCAUAUUCAAGAACACCAGUGUCGGCCCUCUAUACGCUGGCUGCAGACUGACCUCUCUCAGGCCCAAGAAGCAUGGGGCAUCCACUGGAGUGGAUGCCAUCUGCACCCACCAUCUUGACCCCAAAAGCCCUGGACUCAACAGAGAGCAGCUGUACUGGGAGCUGAGCCAGCUGACCAAUGGCAUCAAAGAGCUGGGCCCCUACACCCUGGACAAGAACAGUCUCUAUGUCAAUGGUUUCACCCAUAGGAGUUCCGUGCCCACCACCAGCAAUCCUGGGACCUCCACAGUGGGACCUGGAACCUCAGCGACCCCAUCCUCCCUCCCCAGCCCCACGACAGCUGUUCCUCUACUGGUGCUGUUCACCCUCAACUUCACCAUCACCAACCUGUGGUAUGAGGAGGACAUGCAUCACCCUGGAUCCAGAAAGUUCAACACCACAGAGAGGGUCCUACAGCGUCUGCUUGGUGCCUUGUUCAAGAACUCCAGUGUCGGCCCUCUGUACUCUGGCUGCAGACUGACCUCUCUUAGGUCUGAGAAGCAUGGGGCAGCCACUGGAGUGGAUGCCAUCUGCACUCACUAUCUUGACCCUAAAAGUCCUGGACUUAACAGAGAGCAGCUGUACUGGGAGCUGAGCCAGCUGACCAAUGGUAUCAAAGAGCUGGGCCCCUACACCCUGGACGGGAACAGUCUCUAUGUCAAUGGUUUCACCCAUCGGAGCUCCAUGCCCACCACCAGCACUCCUUGGACUUCCACAGUGGACCUCGGAACCCUAGGGACUCCAUCCUCCCUUCCCAGCCCCACGGCAGCUGUUCCUCUCCUGGUGCCAUUCACCCUGAACUUCACCAUCACCAACCUGUGGUAUGAGGAGGACAUGCAUCGUCCUGGCUCCAGGAAGUUCAAAACCACAGAGAGAGUCCUGCAGGGUCUGCUUGGUCCCAUUUUCAAGAACACCAGUGUCGGCCCUCUGUACUCUGGCUGCAGACUGAACUCUCUUAGGCCUGAGAAGGAUGGGGCAGCCACUGAAGUGGAUGCUACCUGCUUCUACCACACUGACCCCAAAAGCCCUGGGCUGGACAGAGAGCAGCUGUACUGGGAGCUGAGCCAGCUGACCCACAGCAUCACUGAGCUGGGCCCCUAUGCCCUGGACAGGGACAGUCUCUAUGUCAAUGGUUUCACCCAUCAGAGCUCUGUGCCCACAACCAGUACUCCUGGAACCUCCACAGUUCACCUGGAAACCUCUGGGAUUCCAUCCUCCCUCCCCAGCCACACAGCCCCUGGCCCUCUCCUGAUACCAUUCACUCUCAACUUUACCAUCACCAACCUGCAUUAUGAGGAAAACAUGCAACACCCUGGCUCCAGGAAGUUCAACACCACAGAUAGGGUGCUACAGGGUCUGCUCAAGCCCUUGUUUAAGAACACCAGUGUCGGCCCUCUGUACUCUGGUUGCAGACUGACCCUGCUCAGACCUGAAAUGGAUGGGGCAGCCACUGGAGUGGAUGCCAUCUGCACCCACCGCCUUGAUUCCACUGGCCCUGGACUGGACAAAGAGCAGCUAUACUGGGAGCUGAGCCAGCUGACCAAGAGCAUCACAGAGCUGGGCCCCUACACCUUGGACAGGGACAGUCUCUAUGUCAAUGGCUUCACCCAUCGGAGCUCUGUGUUAACCACCAGCAUUCCUGGGACCUCUGCAGUGUACCUGGGAACCUCUGGGACUCCAGCCUUCCUCCCUGGCCACACAGCCCCUGGCCCUCUCCUGGUGCCAUUCACCCUCAACUUCACCAUCACCAACCUGCAGUAUGAAGCAGACAUGCGUCACCCUGGUUCCAGGAAGUUCAACACCACGGAGACAGUCCUGCAGGGUCUGCUCAAGCCCUUGUUCAAGAGCACCAGCAUCGGCCCUCUGUACUCUGGCUGCAGACUGAUCUCGCUAAGGCCUGAGAAACAUGGAGCAGCCACCAGCGUGGAUGCCAUCUGCACUUACUACCUUGACCCCAAAAACCGUGGACUGGACAGAGAGCAGCUGUACUGGGAGCUGAGCAAACUGACCCAUGGCAUCACUGAGCUGGGCCCCUACCUCCUGGACAGGGACAGUCUCUAUGUCAACGCUCCUGGGACCUCAGCAGUGCAUUUGGGAACCUCUGGAACUCCAUCCUCCCUACCUAGACCCACAGUGCCUGAACCUCUCCUGAUGCCAUUCAACCUCAACUUCACCAUCACCAACUUGCAGUAUGAGGAGGACAUGCGACGUCCUGGCUCCAGGAAGUUCAACACCACGGAGAGGGUCCUACAGGGUCUGCUCAGGCCCUUGUUCAAGAAUACCAGUAUUGGCCCUCUGUACUCCAACUGCAGACUGACCUUGCUCAGGCCAGAGAAGGACAAGGCAGCCACUGGAGUGGACGCCAUAUGUACCUACCACCUUGACUCCCAAAGCCCUGGACUGGAUAGAGAACAGCUGUACUGGGAGCUGAGCCGGUUGACCCAUGACAUCACUGAGCUGGGCCCCUACACCCUGGACAGGGACAGUCUGUAUGUCAAUGGUUUUACUCAUUGGAUCUCCAUACCAACCACCAUCACUCCUGGGACCUCCACAGUGCACCUGGGAACCUCUGGGAUCCCAUCUUCCCUCCCUAAACCUACAGCCGCCAGCCCUCUCUUCCUGCCAUUCACACUCAACUUCACCAUCACUAACCUGCAGUAUGAGGAGGACAUGGGACACCCUGGCUCCAGGAAGUUCAACACCACAGAAAGGGUUCUGCAGGGUCUGCUCAAGCCCUUGUUCAAGAGCACCAGUGUUGGCCCUCUGUACUCUGGCUGCAGACUGACCUUGCUCAGGCCUGAAAAGGAUGGAGCAGCCACGAGAGUAGAUACCGUCUGCCACUAUCACCCUGACCCCAAAAGCCCUGGGCUAGACAGAGAGCAGCUGUACUGGGAGCUGAACCAGUUGACCCACAGCAUCACUGAGCUGGGCCCCUACACCCUGGACAGGAAGAGUCUCUAUGUCAAUGGAUUCACCCAUCGGAGCUCUGUGCCUACCACCAGCACUCCUGGGACCUUUACAGUACAGCUGGAAACCUCUAGGACUCCAUCAUCUCUCCCUGGUGCCGCAGCCACUGGCCCCCUACUGCUGCCAUUUACCCUCAAUUUUACCAUCACUAAUCUGCAGUAUGAGGAAGACAUGCAUCGCCCUGGCUCCAGGAAGUUUAACACCACGGAGAGGGUCCUUCAGGGUCUGCUCAGGCCCUUGUUCAAGAACACCAGUGUCGGCCCUCUGUACUCUGGCUGCAGACUGGCCUUACUCAGGCCUGAAAAGGAUGGGGCAGCUACCAGAGUAGAUGCUGUCUGCACUCAUCGUCCUGACCCAAAAAACCCUGAGCUGGACAGAGAGCGGCUAUACUGGGAGCUGAGCCAGCUGACCCAGAGUAUUACUGAGCUGGGCCCCUACACCCUGGACAAGAGCCGUCUCUACGUCAAUGGUUUCACCCAUCAGAGUUCUGUGAUGACCACCAGAACUCCUGAGACCUCCACAGUGCACCUGAGAACCUCUAGAACUCCAGCCUCCCUGUCUGGACCCACGGCCUCCAGCCGUCUCCUGGUGCUAUUCACAAUUAACUUCACCAUCACUAACCUGCAGUAUGAGGAGAACAUGCAUCACCCUGGCUCUAGAAAGUUUAACACCACGGACAGAAUCCUUCAGGGUCUGCUCAGGCCCUUGUUCAAGAACACCAGUAUUGGCCCUCUGUACUCUGGCUGCAGACUGACCUUGCUCAGGCCCGAGAAGAAUGGUGCAGCCACCGGAGUGGAUGCCAUCUGCACCUACCGCUCUGACCCUAAAAACUCUGGGCUGGACAGAGAGCAGUUAUACUGGGAGCUGAGCCAGCUGACCAAGCGCAUCACUGAGCUGGGCCCCUACACCCUGGGCAGGAACAGUCUCUAUGUCAAUGGUUUCACACAGCGGAGCUCUGUGCCCAGCACCAGCACUCCUGGGAUCUCCUCAGUGGACCUGGGAACAUCUGAGACUCCAGCUUCUCAACCUGGUCCCUCGGCUGCCAGCCCUCUCCUGGUGCCAUUCACUCUCAACUUCACCAUCACCAACCUGCGGUAUGAGGAGAACAUGCAGCCCCCUGGCUCCAGGAAGUUCAACACAACUGAGAGGGUCCUUCGGGGCCUGCUCAGGCCCCUGUUCAAGAGCACCAGUGUUGGCAUUCUGUACUCCGGCUGCAGACUGACCUGGCUCAGGCCUGAGAAGGAUGGGGAAGCCACUGGAGUGGAUGCCAUCUGCACCCACCAGCCUGAUCCCAAAAGCCCUGGGCUGGACAGAGAGCAGCUAUACUGGGAGCUGAGCCAGCUGACCCAUGGCAUCACUGAGCUGGGCCCCUACACCCUGGACAGGGACAGCCUCUUUGUCAAUGGUUUCACCCAUCGGAGCUCUGUGCCCACCACCAGCACUCCUGGGAUGUCCACAGUGGACCUCAGAACAUCCAGGACUCCAGCUUCUAUAUCUGUUCCCUCAGGUGCCAGCCCUCUCCUGGUGCCGUUCACUCUCAACUUCACCAUCACCAACCUCCGGUAUGAGGAGAACAUGCAGCCCCCUGGCUCCAGGAAGUUCAACACCACAGAGAGGGUCCUUCAGGGCCUGCUCAGGCCCCUGUUCAAGAGCACCAGCAUUGGCCCUCUGUACUCUGGCUGCAGACUGAUCUUACUCAGGCCUAAGAAGGAUGGGGAAGCCACUGGAGUGGACACCAUCUGCACCCACCGCCCCGACCCCAAAAGCCCUGGGCUGGACAGAGAGCAGCUGUACUGGGAGCUAAGCCAGCUGACCCACGGCAUCACAGAGCUGGGCCCCUAUACCCUGGACAAUGACAGGCUCUUUGUCAAUGGUUUCACCCAUCGAAGCUCUGUGCCUACCACCAGCACUCCUGGGACCCCCACAGUAGAUCUGGGAACGUCUAGGACUCCAGCCUCAAUACUUGGCCCUUCAGCUGCCAGCCAUCUCCUGAUACCAUUCACCCUCAACUUCACCAUCACUAACCUGCAGUAUGAGGAGAACAUGUGGCCUGGCUCCAGGAAGUUCAAUGCUACAGAGAGGGUCCUUCAGGGUCUGCUAAGGCCCUUGUUCAAGUACACCAGUGUUGGCCCUCUGUACUCUGGCUGCAGACUGACCUUGCUCAGGUCUGAGAAGGAUGGGGAAGCCACCAGAGUGGACGCCAUCUGUACCCAUCGCCCUGACCCCACAGGCCCUGGGCUGGACAGAGAGCAGCUGUAUUUGGAGUUGAGCCAGCUGACCCACGGCUUCACUGAGCUGGGCCCCUAUGCCCUGAACAGGGACAGUCUCUAUGUCAAUGGUUUCACCCAUCGGAGCUCUGUGCCCACCACCAGCAACACAAGCCCUACCCUGGUGACCUUUAUCCUCAACUUCACCAUCACAAACCUGCAGUACAUGCCGGACAUGAAGUAUACAGGUUCUGCAGUGUUCCACACAACUGAGGAGGUCUUGCAGCGCAUGCUUGGCCCUUUGUUCAAGAACACCAGUAUUGGCCCACUGUACUCUGGCUGCAGACUGAUCUCGCUCAGGCCCAUGAAGAAUGGAUCUGCUACCAGAGUGGAUGCCGUCUGCACCCACAGCUCUGAGCCCACAAGCACUGGGCUGGACAGAGAGAGGCUGUACUGGGAGCUGAGUCGUGAGACCCACGGAGUCACCCGGCUGGGCUUCUACACCCUGGGCAGGGACAGCCUUUAUGUCAAUGGUUACACUCACCAGGUCCUGACCUCCACCCCCAGCAUUGUGAUGGCAUCUGCUUCUGGGACCCCAGUUCCAACCUCCACAGCCGUAGGACCACCCCUGGUGCUGUUUCUCCUCAGCUUCACCAUCACCAACCUGGAGUACAGGAAAGACAUGCUGUCUUCAUACUCUGUGACUUUCAACAACACUGAGAAGGUGCUUCAGAGCCUGCUUGACCCCUUGUUCAAGAACACCAGUGUCGGUCCUCUGUACUCUGGUUGCAGACUGGCCUUGCUCAGGCCCAAGCAGAAGACGACAGCCACUCAGGUGGAUGCUCUCUGCACCUACCACCCCAACCCCAUAGGCUUUAGACUGGAUAAAGAGCGUCUGUACUGGGAGCUGAGCCAGCUCACCCAUGGCAUCACUGAGCUGGGCCCCUACACCCUGGACAGGGACAGUCUCCUUGUCAAUGGUUACACCCAUCAGGGCUCAAGCACCACUGCCAGCCCCCUAGCUGGGGAGCUCAGCAAAGAGCCUUUCACACUGAACUUCACCAUCAGCAACCUGCGCUAUACGGCGAACAUGGGCCAGCCCGGCUCCCUCAAGUUCAACAUCACAGACCGCGUCAUGCAACGCCUGCUCAAUCCUUUGUUCCAGAAGAGCAGCCUGGGCGCAUGGUACACAGGCUGCAGGGUCAUCGCGCUAAGGUCUGUGAAGGACAGCACUGAGACACGGGUGGACAUCCUCUGCACCUACCUGCCAUCCCCCAGCGGCCCAGGUCUGCCUACCAAGCAGGUAUUCCAUGAGCUGAGCCAGCAGACCCGUGGCAUCACCCGGCUGGGCCCUUACUCUCUGGACAAAGACAGCCUCUACCUUAAUGGUUAUAAUGAACCCGGUCCAGAUGAGCCUCCUACAACUCCCCAGCCAGCCACCACAUUCCUGCCUCCUCUGUCAGAAGCCACAACAGCCACAGGGAACCACCUGAAGAUGCUCAGACUCAGCUUUACCGUCUCCAAUCUCCAGUAUUCACCAGGCAUGGGCAACGGCUCAGCUGCAUUCAACUUCACGGAGAGGGUCCUGCAGUACCUGCUCAGACCCUUGUUCCAGAAGAGCAGCAUGGGCCCCUUCUACUUGGGUUGCCAACUGAUCUCCCUCAGGCCUGAGAAGGAUGGGGAAGCCACUGGCGUGAACACCACCUGCUCCUACAACCCUGACCCCGUGGGCCCCGGGCUGGACAUAGAGCAGCUUUACUGGGAGCUAAGUGAGCUAACCCAUGGUGUCACUCAACUGGGCUUCUUUGCCCUGGACAGGGACAGCCUCUUCAUCAACGGCUAUGCACCCCAGAAUUCACCGAUCCAGGGUGAGUACCAGAUAAAUUUCCGCAUCGUCAACUGGAACCUCAGUAAUCCAGACCCAACAUCCUCAGAGUACAUCGCCCUGCUGAGGGACAUCCAGGACAAGGUCACCACACUCUACAAAGGCAGUCAACUGCACGAUGCGUUCCGCUUCUGCCUGGUCACCAACUUGACGAUGGGCUCCAUGUUGGUCACAGUCAAGACAUUGUUCUCCUCCAAUCUGGAUCCCAGCCUGGUGGAGCAAGUAUUUCUAGAUAAAACCCUGAAUGCCUCAUCUCAUUGGCUGGGAAACACCUACCAGUUGACGGACGUGCAUGUGACAGAAAUGGAGCCAUCCGUGUAUCAACCCACGAGCAGUUCCAGCACCCAGCACUUCCCCCUGAAUUUCACCAUCACCAACCUACCGUAUUCCCAGGACGUAGCCCACCCAGGCCCUACCAGUUACCAGAGGAACAAAAGGAAUAUUGAGGAUGCGCUCAACCAGGUCUUCCGAAACAGCAGCAUCAAGAGUUAUUUUUCUGACUGUCAAGUUUUAACAUUCAGGUCUGUCCCCAAUAGCAAGCACACCGGGGUGGACUCUCUGUGUAACUUCUCACCACCGGCUCGGAGGAUAGACAGAAUUGCCAUCUAUGAGGAAUUCCUGCGGAUGACGCAGAAUGGCACCCAGCUGCAGAACUUCACCCUGGACAGGAACAGUGUCCUUGUGGAUGGGUAUUCUCACAGCAGCAAUGAGGCCUUAACUGGGAAGUCUGACCUUCCCUUCUGGGCCAUCAUCCUCAUCUGCUUGGCGGGACUCCUGGGACUCAUCACAUGCCUGAUCUGUGGUUUACUGGCAACCACCUGCCGGCGAAAGAAGCAAGGAGAAUACAACGUCAGGCAACAGCACCCAGGCAACUGCAAGUCACACCUAGAUCUGGAGGACCUGUAAUGACUGGAACUUCCCGGCACCCAGGGUCCCUUUUCCCCAGCCAGGGUGCAAAGAAGCUGAGCUGGAGCAGAAAUAAACCAUAUUG